AAUAUUAAAUAUUAAUAUUUUUUGAUUUAUCUGUCGCAAAGUUUCUGUACUUUCUGACUAUAUUUAGACUUAUUUUCAGCCUGAAACGCUCACCCUUCAACAAUGGCCAACUUGGAUGAUGAACUGGCUUUAUUUGAAAGCGAGUUAGCCGAACUUGAACAAGCGAGUAGCAAUUCGGAGGAGCCAGCAAGCUCUCAAACGCAUGUUGGCUACGAUAAUGCAACAAUUUCGGCAGGACCAACUACUUCCGAGUCAUCAGCAGCUACUUCUAGUGCUCAAGUUAUUCAACCAUCACUUUUGGCAGCGCCUCCGUUUAUUCCGAUAGCUGCCACAAUUGCAGUUUCUCCAUUUAUCAACCCGGCACUUGGGAGGCUUCCAACAAUGCCUCCAGUUCCACCUUCAAUUUUCAUGCCUCCACAAUUAAGAGCUGCACCGAUAAUGUUCCCUCCUCGAGUACUCGGAAUUCCGGCUCCUGCAACUAUUGAAGGUGCUCCAGCAUUAUAUGAAACACCUGCAGUAAACGCAAUUCCACAAGAACUUCUGCGAACUCAAGCUCUUCAAUCAGAUAUUGAUAAGAUGAAUUUCAAAAAGCAAACCGAUCCAUUUAAGAAGAAAAUCAAGGAACAACAAGCGAAAAAGAAGUUUGUGAGAUCCGGUGGUGGUCAGGUUUGGGAAGAUCCAUCUCUUGCCGAAUGGGAUGAAAAUGAUUUUCGAGUUUUCUGUGGAGAUCUGGGAAAUGAAGUGUCGGAUGAACUUCUUGCAAAGGCUUUUCGAAAAUACCCAAGUUUCCAAAAAGCCAAAGUUGUCAGAGAAUCACGAACAAAUAAGAGUAAAGGAUAUGGAUUCGUUUCAUUCAGAGAUUCGGAGGAUUAUGUGAGAGCUAUGCGUGAAAUGGACGGAAAAUAUGUUGGAAAUCGACCGAUUAAAUUGAGAAAAUCGGCAUGGAAGGAGCGUAAUAUUGAUGUUAUCAAGCAAAAGAGAAAGCAAAAGAAAGAACUUGGAAUUUUGUAAAUCGAUUCGUUUUUCUACAUUUUUUUCUGUAAUUUAUUCAUUUAUACCCCAAUACUUUCAUUGUACCCCUUAUUUUCCUGUCAUCGUAUUUUUAUUCAUUUUUCUUUUCAAUAUAUAAAAGUCUGAAUUGAGAU